AUGUCACCACAUCCAACUGAUGGCUCUAGAUCUCCUAGAUCAAAGCAUGCUUAUCCGUUGAAACUGCCUAUGCCUCAGGCAUUGACUCAUAAAGCUGAUGUAAAACAUCACGAACCUGAGUCAUAUGCUAGGUUAUUGAUGCUUAAUCAAUGCUAUGAGGCCAUGCCGUCGUCAAGUAAAAUGGUAGUUUUUGACACGAAACUCAAUUUAGGAAAAGCGUUCAACGGGCUUAUUUAUCAAGGAACUCGUCAUGUUUUGCUGUCUGACGCCGAAAAUCCUGGAGUAAUGACAGGAAUUCUUUCAGUGACGGAUUUCAUAAGGGUAAUGCUGAAAUUACACAGAGAGAAAAAGUAUAACGAAAAAAUGAAUGGAGGUAGCAGCGAGACGGUAUCAGAAAAUGAAAACUUGGGACAACUAACGAUAGAGUGUUACAGAGAUUUGAUAAGUCGGGAAGGAAAACUCAUCCCAUUAAUAUCUAUUGAAGCUGACAAAAGUUUGUUGGAAGCUGCUCGAUUACUAUCUAAUCAUCGAAUCCAUCGUCUACCAGUACUCGAUCCGGAAAAUGGAAGUCCUUUGUUUAUUUUAACUCACAAACGUUUGCUCAAGUUCCUCUGGUGUUUUGGACAUCAGUUUUCUCAACCCGACUAUCAUGUGAAAACAGCAAAAAAGUUAUGUGUCGGCACCUGGGUGGGCAUUCGUGUGGUUUACCCUGAUACUCUUUUAUCCGAUUGUCUCGAUAUUCUAUUAAACAAAGGAGUUUCUGGUCUACCAGUAGUGGAACGAAAUACUUUUAAAGUUCUGGAUAUGUAUUCGAGAUUUGAUGCUAUAGGAAUCGCACUAGCUGAUGGACCUAACUCCUUGGAUUUUCCUGUGUCUGAAGCUAUCAAAUUCAAAAACGCUUUGCAUAACAGUAAAAAUGAAGAUCGAGUCGUAUCUGUUCUGGAAACAGACACUCUUUGGAAGGCAAUAACAGUCCUAGUCGAAAAAAAUGUACACAGGCUAUGUGCGGUCAAUGAAAGAGGAGAAAUAGCUGGUAUCAUAUCUUUGAGCGACGUUCUGAAUCAUAUGGUUGUUGCUCCAGGUGUGAGCUUGAACCCACAAAAGCCAAUGAGAAGACAUUAUUCUCAUAAACAAGGAGGAGAUCUCAGCGAUUCAGAUCUUCGAAGUUUGUUGUGCGAGAGUGCUAAUUUAUUGGAAGAGGAAGCAUAUAGUGGACGAAAUGGUUCUCCACAAGCCAUGAGAUAA